AAAUAUGGAAUCAAAACUAGGUGAACAUUAAAGCUAUCUACUAAAAAGCAAUGAAAGUUACUUGCUGACUUAUUGAUCGAUCCUCCAGUAGCGAUGAAAGUAACAUAGAUGCAGUUAAUAAAACACUAUGAGCUGACUACAGUCCUAUAUCUAUCAUACCAAUUAUCGCUAAUCCAUAGCAACAAUGUCGAAAACAAUGUAAAAUUGAUCGAGCGCUUGUAAGAUAUAAACAACAUGGCGAGUCAAAGUGAUAUAAUGUUAUGGGUAAAAAAUGUAAGCUAGUAAAUCAAUGCUAUAACUAUGCUACCUUAUAAUAUUUCUAUAUGUGAUUAGGCUGUCAGCCUUUUCUAUUCUGUUGUUAAAAAAAUUCUUUUCAAAAAAUGUCGUCAGAAAAGGUUCUUUAUCAGCUGUAUCAACCUCAUGGUCCUGGUACUGUUUUUAUUUCAUGGCGUCCUGGGAACAGUACUCAUUUAGCAACUACUGGAUAUGAUUCCUCAGUUGCUAUUUUUGACAGACAAGGUGACUUAAAAGAACGUAUUCAAAUUGGUGGUUUAUGUGCUGGUUUUGGAUGGGAUUCUGAUGGAGAUUUAUUAGCUAUCACAUCACAAAAUUCUUCUACUAUCACAUUAUGGGAUGCAACAACUGGAAAGAAAUCACAAAUAGAUGCUGGUGUAAGAGAUGGGUUAACAUGUAUGAUGUGGGCAAAAAGAACUUGCUUGUUAGCAGUAGGAACACAGAAAGGAAAUUUAGUACUUUAUGACCACAUUAAUGCUAAACGAAUACCAAUUUUGGGAAAGCAUAAAAAGAAGAUAAUUUGUGGUACUUGGUCUUAUGAAGGGCUUCUUGCCUUAGUCAGCGAAGACAAAGUUUUAACUAUUAGCACUAGCGAUGGAGAUACUCGCCGUGAAAUACCACUUCAAGGUGAUGCUUCUGACAUUCAGUUUAAUGAAAUGAAAAUGGACCACAGAAUUGGGGGUGAAAAUACUGUAUCUCUUAUUAUCAGUAAGACUACUUUGUUCUUGUAUAAUGUUUUGGAUCCAGAAAAUCCUAUUGAACUAGCUUUUCAAAAACGUUAUGGUCCAAUUGUUACUUACAAAUGGUACGGAGAUGGGUAUAUUUUAGUUGGUUUUGAAACUGGAUAUUUUACUGCAAUUUCAACACAUAUUAAAGAAGUUGGCCAAGAGUUGUUUCAAAUUAAAAAUCACAAAGAUUCAUUAACUGAUUUAGCAAUAAGCGAAGUAAUGGGAAAAGUUGCUACAUGCGGGGAUAAUACUAUAAAGAUACAUAAUCUGCAAAGUUUAGAAGAAACUGAAAAAUUAAUUACAAUAAGUGGUGAAACUGGAAUCAGUAAAGUAGAAUGGUCAACAGAUGGAACAAUGGUAGCAGCUGUUACAUACAGUGGCAGUGUUUUAGUAUAUUUGAUACAAAUUCCAAAACUAGUUAGUGUUUGUGGAAAUAGAAUUGCAUUACUCACUAGUUUAACAGAAGUAGCAGUUUAUCUUUAUACUUUAGAUAAAGUAUGUAUAACAGAAAACUAUAGCUUUACAACUCUAUAUAUAAAUAUUAAAAGGAUUACUUUUCAGGAGAAACCAGAACCAAUAAUAAUUAACACUAUAAUAGAACCGUCGGUAUUAGCAAUAGGUCCCAUGCAUGCAGCAGUAGGUCUAAAUAACAGAGCACUGUUUUGGGACGUAUCUGGAACUCAUUAUAAUAAUGCGGUACACUUUGAAAGAGAUUACUUGGCAACAAUCGAUAGCAUACGAUUAAAUGAAACUUAUGUGUCUGUUUUGUUUGAUGGAAAAUUACAGUUGCACUCGAUUAAAAUAGAUCAGCAACUAACAAAGGAAGGGAAAGAUACAAAGAUAUUUCCAGAUUUAAGUUCUUCAGAUUUUAGAAUAACGUGCCAUGCUCUUAGUACCGAUUUCUUAGUUUACGGUAGUGAUAUGGGUCAUAUAAUUUUCUUUUGCCUAGAAGUUUUUAAUCAGUGUUUGGAAUACGUACAUAAUAAUAGUAUAUCGGAAAUCUACUUAGAUGCGAAUGGAACGCAAUUAUGUUUUAUAGAUAGUAAACUUGACGCUUAUCUAUAUAAUCCUAUGCAAGAAACUAUUUUACAAAUUCCCGAUUGUCCAGACUGUAUUCAAGGCAUAAUUUGGGAUCAAAAUAUUUUGGAGCGUAAUAUAUUCGCUGCGUACAAUAAGAGUUCCAUUACUAUGUACAUAUUUGUAAAAUAUUUUAUUGAAGGUACAAAAAUGAUAAAAAUAGACACUAUGAAACUACCGUCUGAUACAUUACCAUUGUUAAUGUACUCUGGAGAACUAACGCUAAGUUCAUCAAGCAAUAAGUUAGUUCAAAUUACACUGUCUUCUCACGAAGAUAUAGGAAACAUCGUGGAACCCAAAAAAAUGGAAAAAAUUUUAGAAACACAAAUUCUGUGUAGAAGAUUUCAGCAAGCAUGGAAUACUUGUGAAAAAAUUAAUCAAAAAGAAUCGUGGGUGAUGCUAGGAGAAAGUGCAAUUGCAAACUUGAACAUCAAAUUCGCAAUUCGUGUAUAUCGAUAUCUUGAAGAUGCUUCAAUGGUAUGGGCAUUACAAAACAUGCAAAAUAUAGAUGAAUUAUCAUUAUUAUGUGGCCACGCAUGUGUCUUACUUGGUGAAUACAACCAAGCAGAAAAAUUCUUUUUACAAUCAUCAGAACCAGUAGAAGCAUUAUAUUUAAGAAGGGAUUUAAUGCAGUGGGAGCAAGCAUUAAAUUUGGCACAAAAGUUGAAAGCUGAUGAAAUUCCUUAUAUUGCUAGAGAAUAUGCUCAACAGCUUGAAUUCACGGGCAAUUAUCCGAAAGCUUUGUCAAAUUAUGAACGAGGAUUAGUAAUUUCAAAUAAUUCACCUAACACAACUACACAUAAUCCGCAUCAUCGAAAUUUAUGUCUUGCUGGAGUUGCAAGAAUGUCAAUUAGAUGCGGUGACAGCAGAAGAGGUGUGAGCAUAGCUAUGGAUAAUGAAAGUUCAAGGCAACUACGAAAAGAAUGUGCAGAAAUAUUGGAGUUAAUGAAACAAUUUAAUGAAGCUGCAUUACUGUACGAGAAAGCUGAAUAUUUUGAUAAAGCAGCGUCCGCGUAUAUAAAACUAAAGAACUGGCAAAAAGUCGGGCAACUUUUGCCACAAAUAUCAUCCGCUAAGAUUAAUGUACAGUAUGCGAAAGCCAAAGAAGCGGAAGGCAAAUAUGAUGAGGCAGCAAAAGCAUAUGAGACUGCAAAGGAUUAUGAAAACAUAAUUAGGAUUAAUUUGGAACAUCUAAACAAUCCUGCACGAAGCGUUGAAGUGGUACAGCAAACUAAAAGUAUAGAAGGAGCUAAAAUGGUUGCAAAAUAUUUCCAAAAAAUGAAUGACUAUAAUUCAGCGAUUAAAUUUUUGAUUUUAUCGAAUUGUCAUGAUGAAGCGUUCCAAUUAGCUAAUCAACACGGGAAGAUGGAAUUGUAUGGAGAAAUUUUGAUAAAUACAAUCGACGAUAGCAAUGAACGAAAAGAAGAUUUCAAAAGUCUCGCGAUGUAUUUCGAGACCCAAAAGAAUAAUCUUUUAGCGGGAAAAUAUUAUUUUCAUGCUAAGGAAUAUCAGAGGGCAUUAAGGCAUUUAUUGAAAGCUGCACAGUUAAUAACAGAUGAGAAUGAAGUUCUCAGUUUAGCCAUUGAUACAGUUGCUUCUUCAAAAGAUGAUAAAUUAGCAAAUCAGCUAAUAGACUUUUUACUAGGUGGAGAUGGAUUACCGAAGGAUCCAAAAUACUUGUUUCGAUUGUACAUGGCUAGAAAACAGUACAAAGAAGCUGCGAAAACAGCAAUUAUAAUUGCAAAUGAAGAACAAGUUAAUGGAAAUUAUAGAAAUGCGCACGACGUUUUGUUUAGCAUGUAUCAAGAAUUAAAAAGGAACAAAAUUAAUAUACCUUCAGAAAUGCAAAAUAAUUUAAGGCUCUUACAUUCGUAUAUUCUCGUUAGACUUCACGUAAAAAAGAGUGAUCAUCUACGAGGUGCUCGGAUGCUAAUAAGAGUGGCUAAUAAUAUAUCAAAAUUUCCAUCGCACAUCGUUCCAAUCUUAACGUCUACUGUAAUUGAAUGUCAACGAGCUGGAUUAAAAUAUGCUGCGUUCAAUUUUGCUGCUAUGUUAAUGCGUCCAGAAUAUCGAAAUCAAAUUGACGCUAAGUACAGUAAAAAAAUUGAAGCAAUUGUACGGAAACCACCGAAAUCAAAAGAUAAUGAAGCCGAAGAUGAACCAUUGACUCCGUGUCCUUACUGUAAAAGUAAACUUCCAGAAACAGAAGUUACCUGUGAUAAGUGCAAAAAUACGAUACCUUUUUGUAUAGCUACAGGACGACAUAUCGUAGAAGACGAUUUUACCGCCUGUCCACAAUGUGAUUUUCCUGCUAUAAGAAGUGAACUUUUAAGGAUCGUCGAAUCUGAACAAACUUGUCCAAUGUGUUCAGAGAAGGUAGAUGUUAACAUGAUUCCAUCCAAUCUUAAUAUCCGUCCAUAUCUUGAUCUUCAGGAAGAAAAAUCUUCAACGAAAGUUUAACUGAAUUAAUUACCUUUUUCUUUUUAUUUUUCUAUUUUAGUUCAAAUUUUACUCAAUAUAAGUAAAUGUUAAACUUUUUUUAUGAAGUGGCGCCGUCUGAUAUCAGUACAACAUAAUCAAGUACAAGUAGUUUAUCACAUUAUUUCGUAAACUAUUUAUGAAUGUUAUACUUAAAUUAGGUAAUGCUAGUGAAUAGAAACAUCAACAAUGUGUAGAUAUUGCCUUCAGUAAACUAGUCUCAAUUUUAAUUAACUUAA